AUGACAGAGGCUCUAGUGCAGCGGCUGCAGCAUUAUUCCACACUUCAUGCGGCAUGCACGGCAUCCAUAACCAACUGGCCGGCAUUCUUCAAUGACUCAUCCAAGGGCCUUCAAGAAAAUUCGACUGCUGCACACAUGGCAAGCUGCAAGUACCUGCUCUGGGUUGAGCCCAACUACAGUGGCCUAGGCAACCAGCUGCUCUCCCUCGUGUCCUCCUUCGCUUACGCCCUCCUCACCAACCGCACUCUCCUCAUCAAUCCUGAGUGCUUCCCUGCCCGUCUCCUCUGCAACCCCUUCCCCUACUCCUCCUGGGCUCCUCCCGCUCUCGACAGGGGUUCCUUUAACCACAUGAGACUGAGAGCUGAGAAGAGGCGUGUGGGCUACAAUGCGUUUCAAGAACCAGGUGCAGCUGCAGCCAACACCACGGAUGACGAUGCUGCUGAUGCUGUGUUCAGCAACCUCAACUACUCAGCAGGAAAGAAUCGUAGCCGUCCGUUUCCUAGCUCUGCUCACAGAGGAGCUGAGUUGGAGCGCCUAUUCCCCGACCGCCUGCCGCUGAUGCACGUGGGGCGCUACCUGCUGCACCCCGCCAACUACCUCUGGGAGGAAAUCACCCGCGCCUUCCGAGCCUACCUCGCUCCGUACCAAUACAGGGUCGGCAUCCAGAUCCGUGACUUCACCACUGCCAGCAGCAACGAGGGAGAGGCCCUCGCCCGUGUGCUGCACUGUGCUGUCAACAUCUCCCAUGGGCUGCCCCCUGCGCUGCCCCAUGACCAGUGGCGGCAUCUGGCCAGCAACCAGAGCGCAGUCAACUCAAGUGAUGUGGAGUCAAUCCAGAAGGCAGCAGGAGCCGGCACUGUGCACAGCGUUGGUGUGCUGGUGGCUUCUCUAAAGCGCUCCUAUGUGGAUGCAUUACACGAGGCGUAUGUGGAAGGGUUACCACUGGACGGUUACAAUGUUGCAGUUACCAGUUUGAGUCACGAGGGUGAACAGAAGACAGGCGAUCUGCUGCAGCUGGAGAGGGCACUCAAGGAGAUGUGGCUUCUCUCCAUGUGCGACCUGCUGCUGGUGAGUGACAGCUCCACAUUUGGCUACAUGGCAGCGGGGCUGGCGGGAGUGAGCCCCUUCUCCCUCAACAUCGUGCCACGUAUGAAAUCUGACUGGCUGCACAACGGACGACCGGCGUGUGUUGUCACGACUCCAGAGGCCUGUUAUCUGACUAUGCUAGACAACAAGCAACAACAUGUACAGUGUCCAGGCAGUGUGGCCCGUUCUCCUCUCAAUAUCUCUUCUAAGAUUAGAUUGUGUCAUAAUUUCAAGGCUGGAAUUGCGGCUCCCCCGCCUCCCGCGCCGGCCUUGCCGGCAGCCCCAGGCUUGGCGUCGUCCAUCUGUCCGUUAACUGGCCUGCCUCCCAAAAACCCCACCGUUCCGGUUGCCCGUUGCCCGGCCGCCAAGGACCAAUCAUGCUGCGACAACUGUACGGAUAUGAGCACAGCUCUGCAUCUGGUAGCUUCGAAUCUAAAGGACGUGGUGACUCAGAUUAACCCCACCAUCGCGGAUGGGAUCGAUUCUAGCAUAGCGGUGUGCGAUAUUUUCACAGGCAUGACGCCAUGCCUACAGCUACUGGAGGACCUCAUGUGCGGGCUCUCGUGCAACCCUAAUGCUGGAUACUACGCGACAAAAUCCAACACUGGGGUGAUCAUGAACGUGUGCUCGGAUCUAGCAGACAAAGUAUUCACACAGUGCAAGGGCCUUCAGUUCGGUGACAUGUCCUUGUCAGGACUGGUUACCACAACAGACGAAUUCAUGAGCCUCGUUGUUACAAACGUCAUCAAGACGCUCGGAGUUGAGGGCUUUGAGAUCCAAAUAUCCUCUUCGCCUUGCUUUAACGGCACUGGCUCAUAUCCCCUCUACACUGCUUGUUGCGAUCCUCUCAAUCUGUUGCUCCUCGUCGUCGCCACUCUCUCCGUCGCACACGUCCACGGCCUGUCGCUAGCGUCACCGUCGCCGAAAUAUCCCGCGUGCCCGUUCACGGGGAAGCAGCCGACAAAACCGGCGGUUCCCCCGCCGCGAUGCAAGGCCGCUGUCGAUGCGUCGUGCUGCGCGGACUGCACGGAUCUGAACACGGCCCUCGGGAUUGUCGGGACGAACCUUACCAGCGUCGUGGCGCAGAUUAGCCCGCAAUUUGUAGAUCUGAUCGACCCGAAGCUCAAGGUGUGCGAUCUAUUCACGGGUCAGGCGCAGUGCGCACAACUUAUAGAGGAUCUGUUGUGCGGACUGUCAUGCAACCCUAACUCGGGCUCCUACGUCACCGUUGUUCCCAACAACUCCACCACCAUGACUGUCUGCACUGGAUACGCGGACACCCUCUUCAAAGCCUGCAGCGACCUCUCCUUGGGCGACGGUAUGGACCUGACGGGGCUCAUCUCGUCUUACCCUGACUUCAUGAACAUUAUCGUGGCUAAUGUCGUCAAGUCCCUCGGGAUUGCCAACUUCAAGUUUGCGUUCACUACAACUCGCUGCUUCACCAGCAGUGGAGUCUACCCCACCAACAUUGCCUGCUGCGACCCUCUCAGUGUCCCCGCCACCUGCCCUGCCGGUUCGGUCAACACCACCGAAUACGCCGAUCUGAUUGGCCGAACCAUCGACCCAGCCAAUUGCCUAGCCUCCACUCCUUCUGCUCCUCCCUCCGCUUCUGCCCCUGGUUCAGCCCCACUCCCCUCCCCAGCCCCAACCGCAUCCCCGUCCACAUCGCCACCCGUGGUUACCACCCCCUCCCCGUCGCCUCCCACGGUUAUUACCCCCGCGCGGUCUACUCGCAGCGCGCCGUCUCCGCUCCUCGUCGUCGUCCUCCUCGUCGCUGCCACCCUCCACCCUUCCUCCGCUCUCGCCGCGCCAUCCGCAAACCCCCCUCCGCCGCUUCUCAUCAUGCCCGCCGCUCCGUCCCCUUCCGCGCCCCUCAUCUCCCCCGCCGCCUCUCCGCCCGCCUCCUCUCCCCCCUCCCCGCCUAAAUCCGCCUACCCCACAUGCCCCUUGACCGGGAAGCCUCCGCAGAAGCCCAAGGUGCCACCGACCAGGUGUCCCGGCGCUGCUGAGCUGUCGUGCUGUGAAUCGUGCACGGAUUUGAACUCGUCUUUGAUGCUCGCCGGGUCAACGCUCGGCGAUCUCGUGGGGACUAUCGACCCCGCGCUGGUGGAUUUUAUCAAUGGAUCAAUGAAGCUGUGCGAGCUGUUUGAGGGGCAGGUGAAGUGCGGGCAGCUCUUGGAGGAUCUCGUGUGUGCUGCCCAGUGCAACCCCGACGCCGGCAACUACAUCAAACCCGCCGCCCCUGCCAGUGGUGCUGCCGCUAAUGCGACUGGUCCCACCAUGACGGUCUGCCCGGCCUAUGCUCAAGAGGUGUACAACACUUGCCAGGGGUUAGCACUGAGCGAUGGCAUAACCCUGGGAACGUUCAUCCCAGACGCACCCAAUUUCAUUACCAUGGUGGUGGGGGGCGUUGUUCAAGUGCUGGGGGUGAAAGGCUUUAACGCCACAAUCGGAGCGAAGAACUGUUUCGCAGGCACCACGCAGUUCCCUCCCUACAUAGCCUGCUGCGACCCACUCGCCGUCCCCCCCCUCUGCCCCGCUUCAGCCAUCAACACCACUCGCUACGCCUCCAUCAUCAACCGACCAAUCAACUCCUCCGCCUGCCAGGCAGGCCUUCCCCCCCCGCCAGGCCCUGCUUCUGGUCCUGCCCUCAGCCCUGCUGCCGCGCCCGCCCCUGCUCCCGCCCCUCCUCCCCAGUUUUCACCUGAACCCUCCCCUGCUCCUGCUCCGGCUCCUGCUGUUGACGUUCCUCCCUCCCCUCCUCCCUCUCCUUCUCCCGCUUCUCCCCCUUUGCCUGCCGGGCCUCCGUCCCCAGUGUCAUCAACUCCCCCUCCAUCCCCUCCUCCCUCUCUCUCUCCCUCUCCACCCACUCCCUCCUCUCCUGCAUCCACCACUCCAUCCCCUCCUCCUCCCCCUCCAAAACCCGCCUCCCCUCCUCCAUCCACCUAUAUCUCCCUUCUCUCCUUCCUUCUCUCCGCCGGUGUUGCCCUGCUAGCACUGGCACUGCUGCUGUGA